AUGUAUACGAAUCCUCAAGGCGAAAUUACUAUGGCGUUGAAUAUUGCUUGUCACAAAUCUUUGUUUAACAAAAAUUAUCAUCCACAUAUCAUUAUAUGUAUUUUGGGAUCAACGGGUCCAAUAUAUGGAGAAAUUAAAAGGAUUGGGGACACGCAAUUGGGUGUUCCAACUCAAUUAAACGCAAAAUUAGGUGGACAAAAUGUAAUAUUAACCAAUGAUCAAAUUGAUUUUGUAUCUUCAGAACCAACAGUGAUAUUUGGCGCUGACAUUUUCCAUUCUGGAAGAGGUGAUAAUAGGCCAAGUAUUGCAGCUGUAUGUGUCUCAUUGGAUUCAAAAGCUACUAGAUACGGAAGAUUUAGUGUUAUUAAUAAGGAUCCUCGAAAUGAAAUUAUUGAAGAUCUCAAAGGAAUAGUAAUCGAUUUACUUCGUGUUUUUUAUCAAAGAAAUUAAGUUUUACUGAGAAAAAUUUUGUUUUAUCGUGAUCGACAGUUCUUAAAUUCUUUGGACGAGGGACUUUGGCAGCUCAGACACGGAUCUUGGUGAAAUCGACUCUUAGUUAGAUGCUCGCGUGAGAUAGUUGUCUCCAGCUUGGAAACCAAAAUCCCAAGUAUAGUUUCAAAAAAAGGAAUUUGAAACUUUAGAAAAAAGAUUUUUUUAGCUUUUUUUUAGUAUAGAUUAAUAUCGAUACAAAAUAGA